AUGUUGGAUAUUGAAUACGAGAAUUAUGGUUCAGUGAAGAACUUGAACGAACUAUUGGAUGAUGUUAGAAGUGUUGUGGUCGUGGCUGAUAUGCAUGGAAAUCCACUUGCAACAAUGACUGCUCCAGCUGUAUCAUCAACUUCAACUUCGACAUCAGGGACACCAACAACAGGAAUGAACAAGUCAAGUGCGUUAAACAGGAGUAUGGCAUCACUGAUGACACAAAGUGGUGGAGAUGCGAGUAGUAGCAAUUUGGUCAAGUCCAACAGCCAGCCACAGAUGCUUCUGAAACAGCAACAACAGAAUAUCGGCGCAUCACAGACCAACCUCAAGUCAUCCAACAGACUCAGCCAGUUGAUAACAGCAAAUCGUGGACAACAACAAAACUCAAUUUCAAACACAAACUCACCAUUAAUCACAAUUACACAUGCAAACUCAAACUCAAUCAAAAAUUCGAAUCAGCGAAAUCCAGCGUCACAACCACAAUCAGUGAGCUCCACAACAACACCAUUGAUCAACAACAAUCAAGACUUGGAUAAAGCACCUUUGAGCGAAUUGAUCGUGUUGCUCGGAAGGAAUAGACAGGGCGCAGUACAUAUCUCUGCGAUCAAGUUGAUAGCCAACAUGUACCAGGUGGCUAAGAAGACAUCGGAAUCACACAAGACUAAGUUCAUCCAGGAGGUGCUCAACGGAUCGUGUCUCAAAUCACUGCUCUCAUUCAUGACAUUGAUCGAGCCAUCAUCCAAUCAAUCACACGAAUAUAGUGUACAGUGGGAGAGUGUGUCGUUGCUGGCAAUGCUCACAGAGAAUGAGGAGGUGAAGGUGUUUAUCAAGAACACUGGUGAUGCUCAGACUAUUGUCUCGGUGCUGCAGUGGGCGCAUAGGAAUGGACAGUUCCUCGAGUUAAACAUGCCACUGAUCACACUCAUCUCCAACUUGGCCACUCACGAGCAGUGUGCCUCCAGUCUCCGACGAAGUGGCUGUGUUCCCCCUCUCUUCACCCUUGCCAUCAAUCAAACAAUGACCAAAGAUCUUCGUAUCCAAGCCAUUAAUACCCUUAUAAUAUUCUCAAGUUACACUGAUCCAAAAAUCAGUGAAACCAUAAUAGAUAGUCCAUUAUCAUUCAAACGAAUGAUCAUACAUAUUGUAGAAUAUGCUCCAAAUGAUGAUACCAUAAUGAUCUCGCUCAAGUUCCUAGAUCUAUUACUCAGAUGUUCUGAUUGUGCCAAGACAAGAAUGUUUGCACUUGAUGGUGGAACAGACAGUUUGUUGGAUUUGAUAGAGCCUGGAGACAUCAAUCAAGGAUUGGAUAUUAGGAUGCAUCUUCAGGGACGUGUAUUCCAAUGUUUGGCUAAACUCGCACAGAAUGAGGGUAUCAGAGCAAAGAUUGGUAUAUUCUCAAUAUCCAGUGCACUCACAUAUCUUCGUGUACUAAGUACUACUGAUCGUGAGAUUGAUGUAUCACUCCUUGACAAGAUCCUCACACUUAUCAUUCAAUUGUUGAACAAUGAUAAUUGUCGAAGAUCUUUCGUUGAUAAGAAUGGAUGUACAUUGAUAGCAUCGAUGUUGUCAUCUAGUGAUGUUCCUUCUAGUAUUGCGCUGUUGUGUGUACAGGUGUUGGCGCAGGUGGCCUCUUCAAAACAAGGUAGCAUGGGUACAAACAUUGUAGCCAGUAUUGGUAGUGAAGUGAUACCAUGUUUGAUUAGAUUGUCCAAGACACAUCCCAAUGACAGAUCACUUCAGUUGUUGACAUGCAAGUUAUUUGGUAGUCUUGGAGAUAAGAAUGACUUGAAUGAGAUAGUAUGCCAGGAAGGAGGAGUUCAAUUCUUACAUGGUCUGCUCCAAAGUGAUGAUAAUGAAGUGGCAUCAGCCUCUUGUGAAGCCAUAGCUGCACUCUCUGACAAUUAUGUUGUCCAAAGGGAACUAAAGGUGAACAGUACGAUUGGCCUGAUAGUUAGAUUGUUGAAUGGAAACAAUAUCCAUAUGAAGAGAUGUGCAAUCUCAAUCCUACAUAAUAUGUCCUGUGAUGAAGGUGGAAUUCCAUCAAUAUUGGAUAGUGAGAAGGGUAUAUCACCGCUGACUCUACACGACCUAUUGUUCAGCAAUGAUUCCCUGAUACAGAUACCAACAAUCAAGCUACUAAAGAAUAUAUGUAUGAAUGAACAAUACUUCAAGAGAUUCAUCAAGAUUGGAGGAUUGAUAGCUGUGAUCAACUGUCUCAAUUCCAACAACGAAGUGUUACAACUCAACUCAAUUGAGUUGUUGUCCAAACUCAUUCACAAAGGUGUUGGAAACGAGUCGAUGCUUGUUGAUGGUAUUCCAUCCAAGUUACAAAAGAUAACCAAUCAUGAGAAUGCAAUCAAGUCAUCAACUAUUAUUGCCGCUCCACUUAGGGACUUGUUGACUGCUGUUAGACAAAUGUUACCAAAGGAAUCAACGCCUGCUCCUACUUCAUCAUCAUCAUCAUCAAUGACAACAUCAAGUGGUGGAUCACAAUUAUCAUCUUCCUCAUCAGACCUCCCAAGAUCAUCAUCAGAGACCAACUUCCAAAACAGUCCACGUACCAACAAUAAUAGGAUGACACCAAACAGUGUACAUAGAUGCCAAACCAGCUCGCCUACAAGUAGUCGUAGCACAUCAUCCUCAUCAUCAUCAUCAUCAUCCUCAUCAUAUCCAUCACCAUCCUCUGCGACUGCACUAUCAUCCAACAACGUUGUACGACUCGACAUGAAGCAGUUGGACACUGUGUUGUCCAAGUUUGAAAUGGAUCAAAUGCGCAUGCUGGUACUGGACAUGGCCAGACUCAAUCCAGACAUCCUGGAACUGGUGCCACAAUCGAUCAAACGAGUCUUUAACAUCAAGCUCACAUACUCGCCGCCCACCGCACCCCUGCCAAUGCCAGCCCACAUUGCAAACAGGCCACUGUCACCACUUCGUCCAUCCGCGCCAACCACCGCCUACAAUGCCGUGUCACCAUCACAACUCAAACGCCACAGCCGCGCGCCAUCGUCUGGCUCGCGCUCCAGUGAUCGUCCCGAGCACCACACGCUACUCAUCGAUGAGAUCAAGGACAAGGUGGCGCGAGGCCAGAUGCACCUGCGCCAUGUUGACACGCUCAAAGAGAUGGAAGCUCGUCGUGUCGACUUGAUGAUGGAGCGACAGUCCAGCAUGUUAAAGGACAUCGUUCACAAUGCCGCACGUCGACAAGAGGAAUGCAAGGACAAGCGAGUACUAGUGGACUCUGGCACGAUGACUGGCAUGCGCAUUUGGAAGAAGGAUUUCGACGUAUGGAAGCAAGAGUUACGCGCACUAUUCGACCAUAAUGCCAACCUGACCAUGUUGGUAUAUCGCAUCAUGGACUCGCUGGACGACCUUCCAUUCCGAGAGGCAAUGGACAUCAUGCGACACGCCACCUCUGCCGACACCCUCGCCAGCAUGCUCAUUCGAAUUGGAUUCAACGUCAAACAAUCCACAUUCAUCGAUCUCAGCACCGAAUGUCCAACCACCGAAUAUCGCAGUAUCGCCAAACCAACAGGCAUGCCCUAUCGUCUCCUCCUCUCUACCAUCCUCGAGUACAUGCACAAGUAG